UCCACAGUGCGGACGCGUGCUCGUGUGCGCGUUCACGCCGGCUAUUGUGUUUUUAUCAACAAGGAGAGCACUGUGGCCUUGCGGGUAACCCGACUGGCCAGCUGAACGACAAGGAAACUGCUGAACCAUGGCGGACGAACAAGAAAUAAUGUGUAAACUGGAGAAUAUCCUGGAAAUACGGAACAAGACCAUCCAGAUGCAGAAAAUCAAGUCUCGUCUGAAGAUUGAGUUUGAGGCUCUGGAGUCUGAGGAGAAACAUCUCAAAGAGUACAAACAAGAGAUGGAUCUCCUUCUACAGGAGAAAAUGGCACAUGUGGAGGAGCUGCGUCUCAUCCAUGCAGAUAUCAACGUGAUGGAGAGCACCAUCAAGCAGUCAGAGAAUGACCUAAAUAAACUGCUAGAGACAACUCGCCGCCUGCAUGAUGAGUAUAAACCACUGAAGGAGCAUGUCGAUGCCCUGAGGAUGACUUUAGGUCUACACAGACUCCCUAACUUGAACGAGGAAGAGGAGAAGCUCUCCCUGGAUUACUUUGAGAAGCAGAAAGCGGAGUGGCAGAAGGAGCCGCAUGAGCCCGCCAUCCCAGAAUCCCUCGCUGCCGCCGCGGCAGCAGCACAGCAGCUCCAGGUGUCCAGGAAGCAAGAUGCCCGCCAGACGGCCACCUUCAGACAGCAGCCACCACCUAUGAAGGCUUGCUUGUCCUGCCACCAGCAGAUUCAUCGUAAUGCUCCCAUCUGUCCAUUAUGCAAGGCCAAGAGCCGCUCCCGCAACCCAAAGAAGCCCAAGAGGAAGCCAGAUGAGUAGAUCCUACUCGCACCUUCAGCAGCGUUUAACGGCAACUGGUCCUAUAGGCUGAUCCAGGAUCAGCCGUGUACAUUUCUCUAUGUGACUGAAAUAACAGGUCCAUGCUUUCAGGACAUUUUCCACCCAGUCCCCACUUUAACAAAUUGUCUUAGUAAUUUGUUCAUAACCUGUCAACAGCUGACUGAGGAUCUGAUCAAGUCAUUUUGUUGUUUGUGUUUCUCAGUGCUUUGGAUGUGUUUAUAUGUAACUGUAUGACUUCCAUAGUAGUUUACUAGCCCCUCAACAUUGUAACUGCAAUAAUGCAAAAAGGAACUUGUUGCCCCCAUUGCUAUUGUUUAUUGCCUUAGAUAUUUUACUGUACUUUUUUUUUUUUUUUUUUUGCAGAGCAUGCCUUCUGCCACGGCUGUCUGUUGUGUAUUUUUUGUGCCAAUAUAAAAUCGAAAUGGGUUCAAGUGCGAAGUUAAAUACAACAAAAUGUUGUUUUAAUGUUUACAGUAUUCAAGUGACCACUAAAACUGGAGAAAAAAAAAGCCAGACACAUUUUGCUUUGAAUAGUGUUGAGUGUUUAACUUUAAUACGGUGAUAAGAAAAUAAAUUGCUGUUUUGUACUAA